AUGGACAUAAGUAUCCUGAUCUACAUCAUACUAGGACUCCCUGCCUUCGUAUACCUCUACCAAAAAUGGAAAUAUUCCUACUGGAAAACCAGAAAUGUCUUUCACUUAGAACCCUCAUUCCCUUACGGGAGUGCCCAAUCAGAGCUCAAACUUAAUGGUGCCAUGACCACAAUCGUCGAAGACCUUUACCAUAAAGUCAAAGCCCGCGGUUUAAAAUAUGGAGGAUACUUUGAAUUCCUUACGCCCAUGUUCGUUCCUGUUGACUUGGAUCUAAUAAGAUGCAUUGUGCUAAAAGACUUUACUCAUUUUACUAACCAUGGGACUUACGUGAAUGAGGAUGUUGAUCCUUUAACUGGACAUCUGUUUAACUUGGAAGACGAGAAGUGGAAAGUAAUAAGGGCCAAACUGACGCCCACUUUUACAUCAGGUAAAAUGAAAAUGAUGUUCCAAACUAUGGUAGAAUGUACAGAAGGUCUACAAGAACUCUUAAAAAAAUCUGCAGCAAGCAAAGAACCCGUCGACAUAAAAAGCAAUCUUUCGUGCUUCACCACUGACGUCAUUGGUUCUGUUGCAUUCGGUGUGGAUAUAAACAGUAUGCAGAAUCCCGACUCUGAUUUCCGAAAAUACGGCAACAGAAUAUUCACACAUACAACUUUGGUCAGACUAAAAUUCAUUUUCUUGUCUAUCUGGCCACAAUGGUUAAUUAAAAAAAGUGGUAUUAAACUGUUUUCUAAGGAUCUUGAAGACUUCUACUUGAAUUUAAUAAGAGACACUGUUGAAUACAGAGAACGGAACAAUAUAAUUCGGAAAGACUUUCUGCAACUUCUUAUCGAAUUAAAGAAUAGUUUGACUAUAAAAGAAAUGGCGGCUCAGAGUUUUGCUUUUUAUGCGGCUGGAUUUGAAACUUCUUCUACUACCAUGUCAUUUGCCUUGCUGGAACUCUCUCAACGUCAAGAUAUCCAAGACCAACUCAGAGAGGAAAUACUGAAAGCUUUCCAAAAAGAUGGGGGUAAAAUGACGUAUGAUUCAAUAAUGGAGAUGGAAUUAUUAGAAAAAGUAAUAUCAGAAACUCUCCGCAAACAUCCUCCUGCGGGAAUUCUACCACGCAUUUGCAACAAGACCUACAAAUAUCCUGACAGUGAUUUAGUCAUAGAAGCAGGUACCAGGAUAAAUUUACCAGUCUACGCUAUACACAGAGAUCCAGAUUACUUCCCAGAUCCAGACAAGUUUGACCCAGAGAGAUUCAGCGAUAAAAACAAGGCAAACAUGACGCCAUUCUCCUAUAUGCCUUUUGGAGAAGGACCUCGCACGUGUAUAGGAAUGCGGUUUGGAAAGCUGCAGGCUAAAGUAGGAUUGUGCUGCGUAUUACGAAACUACAAAGUGACGUUGAACGAAAAAACUAAAGUACCGAUAACCUACCGUUCUGGUUUUGUUUCAGCUGUUGAAGGGGGUCUCUGGGUAAACUUAGAACCCCUUAAAAUUUAA